AUGAAGUUAGUAUUGGAAUUUCUUUUAGAAGAAACCUGUCCGUCAACUGCGCGAGAUUGUUCAAUCAAUAAUGCAACACAUUCAGGACUGACACUACCUUCGCCUACAAUAUGCAAUUGUUGCCCUUACUGCUUACCGUUAUAUAAUAAAGGUAAACCAUGUAGUUUGGGUGGCGCUGGCGCCGGAGUUACAGUCGGCAGAUGUGGUCAUGGGCUCACGUGCGAUAGAGAUACACAAUUGUGUGUUAGAAUGAAAACAAAAUGUCACGAUGCACAAGAUGAUUAUGAUAAUCGCUACGAAAAAGGUGAAACAGGAAUCAUGGAAACUCGUCCCGAGUGUGACGAAAAAGGGAAUUACGCCCCUUACGUCUGUAUACCUUCACAAACAUGUUUCUGUCAAUCCGAAGAUGGAGAAAAAUUAUUCGGAGAGAUUCCUUAUACCGGGGUAUUUGUUAACAUGCCAUGUCAAUGUUCUCGAAUGGCUCACAAAAUUGAGAAACUGAUAGGCAAAGACGUUCCAUAUCCAGUAUUUGGUUUGAGAUGUACAUCGAAUGGUAAUUUCAACCCUGUUCAGUGUUUAAAUAAUAUAUGCUACUGCGUGGACCCGAUCACAGGGGUAAAGAGAGGCGAUAAAACGAUUGAUUUGACGAAUGAGUAUGUUUCUAACCUGCCAUGCUAUGACGCUAACCUAGAUCUAAAUCCACCAGACGAAGACGCUAAACCACCGUUCAAUUAUACGACGCCAUGUUAUGGAAGUAUUCAAGAGAGAGAAGCUUUGUUAGAGCAAAGUCGUAUAGAAGGAUACAAUAUUGACUAUUUCUCCAGUUUUGCUGGUCUCAGCUGUCUACCAGAUGGAACUUUUGGUAGAAUCUCAGUAAACUCUACUGGAUCGAGAAUUUGCGUAAACGAGCAUGGAGAACGAUUAGGUGAUUACUCAGCUGAACUAAAUACGCCAGAAUAUACCAACAUGGAUUGUAAAUGUGCCCUAACAGCACAUGUGAUGAGAGAUUCGAACGAACCGCCGCACUGCUGCAAAAACGGUAAUUUUAGACCGAUCCAGUGCCGCCUCGGUCAGUGUCGCUGUGUGGAUUCAGACGGACGUCAAGUCGGGUUGGAGUCUACUGAUGUUACCAGACUAGCCUGUUAUACGCCAGACUGGAGGCAUUGUUGACUCUCAUGACAAGCUAUAUUUAUUUAUUGCUAUAAAUAUAAAAUUACCGAAUAAA